AUGAACCCCAUUCCUGCUGACUGGGCGUUGUCCACAACUCACAUUGCCAGUGAAUAUGUCUCCUGCCAGUUUUCUGUUCUCAUCGGUGUGGGGCUGAAGGUCCUUCCUCCAAUUGAGCUUGAUGUUGUCUUACUCAUGGCUUGCUCCAAACUUGCCAGGACGCUUGCCAAGGCAUAUCGCAAUCCAGGUACAGCCCUAAGAUUUGUAUUCAGAAGUGCUGCAAAUGAUGGAGACCUGGCCUCAAGUCUGGGCGUGAAGAACUACUCCUUGCAUGAUUCCUGCCGGAUUGUCAAAUUAUUCUGGAACGGCCUGCAGUUGUCCUCGACAAAUUUGGUAUUAUUGUCCUAUGGUAUCUUCCUGGAGCAAUUGAUGCAGCCAUCCAGAUUGAAUGAUAUGAUGGUGGCGACUGUUAUGAUGUCAGGGCCGCUGGGCAUGAGUAUCACUCAUGGCGCCGUGAAGGACAACAAAUGGCAUACCCAUGAGUCCAAUUUUCAAAGCAGUGAUCAUGGCCUUACCCCUGGUUGCAUCAAUCUCUCUCCAGCAUGGUUUUUUACAAGGUCAUCCGGUGAUGCAGAGACCGGCAGCCCUUAUUGCUGCUGCAUUGAGAGUUAUGCACCCCAGCCUCUACUGGUCUUCAUUGACAACCCAGCUGGGCCUGGGUCUAUGGGCAGCCAAUAA